GGAGUGCUUUCAAGAUGGCGUCCUUCGGAACGCUGCUGUCCGGCUCUGGGCGGCUUCUCCGAGGGCUGCUGGCAGGCCCGGCCGCCACCGGCUGGUUCCGGCUUCCAGCUCGCGGGUUCCGGGAAGUGGUGGAGAUCCAAGAUGGGAAGACCACUAUAAUUGAAGGUCGAAUCACACCAACUCCCAAGGCAACCCCAGAUCCCCCUAAUCCCGUGGGCCAGUGCCCCAUCUGCCGGUGGAACCUGAAGCACAAAUAUACCUACGAGGAUGUGCUGCUGCUCAGUCAGUUCAUCCGGCCUCAUGGAGGCAUGCUGCCCCGGAGCAUCACGGGCCUGUGCCAGGAAGAGCACCGCAAGAUUGCGGAGUGUGUGAAGAUGGCCCACCGCGCAGGUCUCUUCCCAAAUCACAGACCGCGGCUUCCAGAAGGAGUCGUACCAAAGAGCAAACCCACGUUAAACCGCUACCUGACCCGCUGGGCUCCCAGCUCCGUGAAGCCCAUCUGCAACAGAGGCCGCCGCUGGAACAAGGUUGGCAUGGCUGUGGGGUCACCACUCUUGAAGGAUAACGUCUCCUACUCAAGAAAGCCUUUGAAGAUGUAUCAUUAACGAGAGCAAGGCUCCCUGAGAACCUGGCCAGAGAGCCCCCCACAGCUCCAGAGCCAUCAGCUACAGCUUUGCACCCACCCCAUCUCACCAGACUGCUGCCCUCCAGCACAGUGGCAUGGAGACGCUGGGACUAGCUCCCUUGCCUUGGGCCAGCCUGGCUGCCACAGGCAGAGUAACGGGAUCUCAAGCUGGCUUGGACCUAGCCCGGCGCAGGAGUUCUACCUGAGGAGAUGUGAUAAAGCAAGCUCCCAGGC